UCUUUCCUCUGUACUUCCCCAGGCUCAGGACUGCAGGUGGCAUCUCCACUACCCAGGAAUCAUUGUGUGUGGACAGGACAGCCUCCUUGGAAAGUCGGCCAUACCAGAGUUGUGCCUCGGCAUGGGCCUUGCCAUUGAGGCAGCUCAGCUGUCUGUGCUGCCCUGAGGGUGCUGCCUGUCAUGGGGGCAGCCAUCUCCCAGGGGGCCCUCAUUGCCAUCGUCUGCAACGGCCUUGUAGGCUUCUUGCUGCUACUGCUUUGGGUCAUUCUCUGCUGGGCCUGCCACUCUCGUUCUACUGACGUCGAUUCUCUCUCGGAAUCCAGUCCCAACUCCAGCCCUGGCCCCUGUCCUGAGAAGGCACCACCCCCCCAGAAGCCUAGCCAUGAAGGCAGCUACCUGCUGCAGCCCUGAAGGCCCCUGGCCUAUCCUGGAGUCCUGGACCUAAGUAUACCAGUCAGAGUGUGGCAUUUGAUCCCAGAGCUCAGCCAUUCUGGGGUCCAAAAUUUAGAGUCCAGUCUAUUUGAAACUGGACCCAGCAGCCUAGAUUGUAGCCAGCCUGACUCAAAGAGAGGUCUGAGUAGCUCUAGAGAGCCAGGCCUGGAGUGGGGGGUUAGGAGUUGGUGCUAGGGCCAGGGCUAUCUGGACUCUGCUCCAUCCCAAGGGCCAAGGGCUGUUUACCUCCCUAAGCUUAGCGCCUCUGGGCUCUCUAGGUUGGGGAAGCAAACUAGAACCCAUGGCAAUAAUGGGAGGGUGUCCAGGCUGGGCCCCUUCUCUGGUCCUCCCACUGUUUGUUGGAUAAUAAAUGGAACUAUGGCUUA